GCCACGGUAGGCAUUACGCACUGUACCCGUGUGCCCGGGUUCUUAUGUCUGGUGACACCUGAAAAGCACGUGUUUUUUCACACACGCUAAGUUCGCAUUUUAAUUGUUCGCGUUCUUAUUCAGUUGUAUUACUUUUAUUUAUUAUUGUUGCGUCGUGUGCGAACCGAUAUAAUUGUGAUUUGUAUAUCAUAUUCUGAUAUUCAACGUUCGAUUGCGUUUUUAUCCAUUUAUCGGCCAAGUACCAUUUUCGGUCGUUGUAAUAUAUAUACGGUAACCGCUGCGACCGUAUUUUCCAUAUAUAUUUAUUAUAAUAUUAUAUUGCUACGUCGUCAAGUUAAUCCUAAUAUUUUAUUAUACCAAUGAAGAUUUCCAACUCGGAUCGACACCGCUACCCGAAAUCAGGAUGAGCCACCAUACAGAAAAAAUACAGGAGAGGUACGCGCCAGUGGCUGCGAUAUUGUAGCAGUCACUCCAGUGGUACAUUCCGUGAAGGUACGUCGGCUUUAUUAUCCACACUCGUUUCAAAUUUUCAAUAGACAUCGUUCCUCUUUCAGCCACGCUCAAGUCUUUGAUUCUAUUAGAAUUGGACCGCUAUCGUCUCCAGGGAACGUUUUUGCGUCACUGCGUCAGCACUAUUGGCAUAUUAUCUACGAUAUUCUCCACACUCGCUUUCAAUAUUAACAUCAUACCUCUUUUGGUCACGCUCAAGUCUUUGAUUCCAUAGGAAUUGUCUACAAGAGAAGAUCUACAACCAUUCAAUUCAGAAUUUAAUCGUGAGAUGGAUUCUUCAAAUUUAAAUGAUAAACCCACGAAGUUUAGUUUUACGAAGGACGGUAUAUUUACGUUCAAACGCUAUGAAACUAAUGGAGCUUCAGAACAGGGUUUAUUAUCAUUUCGACUUGGAAAUAUUCUUAUCGAAUUUAAAUCACCCGAGUUGGCAGAUACAAUUCGAAAGAUCUUGAGUUCGGCUAUGGAAAAGACUCUAUCUAAAGAAGAAUUCGAAAUUCUGAAACAUAAUUCAAAUAUUUUGAAAUUCCCUGGCCAUAAUAUAACAAAUGAUGCUGUUUCAAUUAUUCCUGAAACAAACCCAGCUAGUCACGAUAAUACUAACCAACUCCCUAUGUUAUCAGAAAAUAUGGCAGUAUCAACUAAUUCUGAACAAAAGGUUAAUCUAAUGAAAAAUUUGAGUCAAUCACUUUCAGAUUUUGAGGAAGUUAAAGUUGUUGACGUAUGUAUUAAUUGCAGAAAUGAAUGUGUAUUAUUAGAUCAAAAAUCUUGUGCAAAGUGUCGCUUAUGUAAAUUUUCAACUAUUAAAUUAACAAGGACUGAUACACCUAGUACCUCCUCGAGUUCCUUAAAUUCUAUUUCAAAAGAAGAAUCAGAUAUAGUUAUUAUAUCAUCUGAAGAAGAUGAAAAAUCACCUCUAAUUGUUAAAAUUGAUGAAAUUGCAGAAGAUCUGUCAUUGCAUUUUUACUCGUCUAUUGAUAAAAGUUUUAAAAUUAAGGAUUGUCAUAGUUUAUACAUUGCAAAUAAUUUCAAAACUGAACCAAUUAGUGAUAUGUUAAUUACUGAGGAUGGAAUACUUGUGACUGUAAAAUUGUGUACGCCGGAGAUAGUCAAUAUUGAUUUAAAAAUAGAAAAUAUUAUAAAAUGUAUGUUCUAUACCGGUGAAAAUUGUGCAAUGAUCAUAAAGUAUGAUGAUAUAGCUCUUGAAAGUAUAUUAAGAGCUUUCAAAAUCAAGGAAAAUGACGAUUUUUAUGACCAGCAUUUUAAAAAUGUCAAUAGAAACGUAAUGACCUCGUUUUUUUCAAUUGAAAAAAACGAAAAAACAAAGUUCGAGUCAUUACUUUCUAUAUUACCAGAACAAAAGGUAACGGUUAUUUCCUUAGAUCGAGUUAUAAAAGUCCUUGAAUUAUAUAACAUGGAUGAAAAAGAGAUCAAAAAAUUUGAAAACGAAGAAUCACAUAUUACGAUACUUAAUGAAAAAAUAAAUCGACAUACAUUUACUAUCAAUGUAUGUGAAUAUAAAACAUUGAGUUCGGGACAAUACAUGAGUGAAAAGCUUGUUGAUUACUAUAUUAAUUUUUGGUACAAUUUUAAAUUAAGUAAAGCGAAUAAACGCCGUUCAUGGGUCUUCAGCACAAGCUUUUAUAAUUCUUUAACAAUGAAAUUUUCUAAUGAAGACGAUAAUACAUCAAAGAAUAGAUAUGAAAGAGUGAGACAAACAACUAAAAAUGUAGAUAUGUUCAAGAAAGAUUUUAUUUUUGUACCUAUUAAUGACAAAUUUCAAUGGUUUUUGGCGGUUAUAUGUUUUCCUUACCUAUCAAAUGCAGUUAACUUUCUCGAUGGAACACGAUUAAACGUAUCUGAUAAUAUUAUUAAUCAGUAUCCACAGAAAAUAAUUCAAUUAAUAAAUGAAGAUCGUUCUGAAGCUGAUAUUAAUAUUGAAGAUUUUAGGAUGUUUCUUUGGAGUAGAAGAGAUGUACAAGGGACUUUUUAUGACAAAGAUGUGUUCAUGUUGAAAAACCAAAGACGUGUACUAGUUAAACGGCCUUGCAUUUUAAUACUCGACUCUUCGUAUGGUGGUUUUAAUCGUGCUAGAGUCAUAGCCACGCUACGUCUAUGGUUACACGAAGAAUAUAUUGCUAAACAUAAAGGCAGAGUAAGAAACUUUAGUUCUAAGGUCAUGAAAGGAUCUUUGGUUAAAGUACCUCAGCAAAUUAAUAAAAUAGAUUCUAGUCUCUAUAUGAUUCAUUUUUUAAAAAUGUUUUUCGAUAAGCCGAUCAUCGACUACACUUUCCCAAUUUUUCACUUGGAAAAGUGGUUCUUUAUUGAUGAUGUGGUUAAGGAAUCCCGAAAACGGAAAGAAGUCCUGGAUACUAUCAAAUCUAGGAUGAAUGUACUUUUGCCGAAUAAUUACGAAUUGCCAAUUAUCGAAUUCGAUGACUUUUAGAUGACGUAUUCUUUUUAACAAAGAUAUAUUUUUAACGAUUUUUUUAACUAGAUUACAUGUGUGUAAGGUAAAAAAACGUACUACUACUACUACUACUACUUCUGCAUGUUAUAUUUAACCAAACAUAAAUUGUAAAUAAAUAAAUUGAUUGUAAUAUGUUGUAUACGAUUUCGA